AGAGUCAUUCCCAGCAUUCCCACCCCCUUUGCAGAGCCUGAGCGAGGGGGGGGUGACCAGAGUCCCAUUGGAGCUCCCUUGGAGCCCCCGACCUCUCCAGCGCCUGCAGAGGGGCGCCCAGGGGCCCCCCUUUUGGCCAGACCCCUCCCCCUGCCUCCCCCCUCGCCCCUCGCCAAUGGUUUGAACCGGACCUCCCCCGAGAGUAGGAGGCGCGGAGCCGGCGAGGUCGGGCUGGUCUGCAGAAGCAAGGAGCGCAUCGGCCAUGGCGUACCCUGGGCAUCCCGGCGCCGGAGGAGGCUACUACCAGGGCCAGUAUGGGAGUGCCCCCGGAGGACCUUCCUUUCCUGGCCAAGCGCAAGAUCCUUUAUAUGGCUAUUUUGCUGCAGUUGCUGGGCAGGACGGGCAAAUAGAUGCCGACGAGCUGCAGAGAUGUCUGACGCAGUCCGGAAUUUCGGGAGCCUAUAAGCCUUUCAACCUAGAGACCUGCAGGCUCAUGAUCUCUAUGCUUGAUAGAGAUAUGUCUGGCACGAUGGGCUUCAAUGAGUUCAAAGAGCUCUGGGCCGUGCUGAACGGCUGGCGGCAACACUUCAUGAGCGUCGACAGCGACCGCAGCGGCACCGUCGAUUCCCAGGAGCUUCAGAAGGCGUUGACAUCCAUGGGAUUUCGGCUGAGCCCCCAAGCCAUCAACGGCAUUUCCAAGCGAUACAGCACUCGUGGCAAGAUCACGUUUGACGACUACAUCGCCUGCUGUGUUAAGCUCAGAGCUCUCACUGAUAGCUUCCGGAGACGAGAUGCGGCUCAGCAGGGGAUGGUGAACUUCCAGUACGAUGAUUUCAUCCAGUGUGUGAUGAGCAUCUAAUUCAAGAUGAAGGAUGAAGAAAUGGGCGAGCAUGAGCCACAUUCCAAUUUGUUUUUGCUUUGCACCAAAAGAAAAAAGUUAUCAUGGCUGUGUAACUAAGUAGUGGUAUUUGCCUAUUUUAUAAAUAUUGGUUUCUAUGCUUUUUAUAGUUUUGAUAACUAACAAAAAUACAAUAAAUCCCGUUUUUGGAGUUGA